GACUACGUUUCCCACAACGCCCCGCGCCACGCCCCCUUGGCCUCUCCGGAAAGACGUCCCAGGAGCCUCUGGGCGUAGAGCCCCGCCUCCGCCGCUGGGGGCGGGGCGACGCCGGGCUCAGGAGCGCCCGCUUACGCACUUCCUCCCGGGGUCGGAGGCCGAUUCGCCGUAUGGCGGGUUCGAGUCCCGCCUCCUGACUCUGGUCUCUAGCCCCUGAGUCCCGGGCUAGGUGCAUUCGCCGGGGAACCUCUCCUCGACCUGGGGCGACGGCGUACUUUGGGCUUCAUCAUGGAGGACUACCUGCAGGGUUGUCGAGCUGCUCUGCAGGAGUCCCGACCUCUACAUGUUGUGCUGGGAAAUGAAGCCUGUGAUUUGGACUCCAUGGUGUCUGCUCUCGCCCUGGCUUUUUACCUAGCAAAGACCAAUGAGGCCGAGGAAGUCUUUGUGCCGGUUUUAAAUAUAAAACGUUCUGAGCUACCUCUGCGAGGUGACAUCGUCUUCUUUCUUCAGAAGGUUCGUAUUCCAGAGAGCAUCUUGAUUUUUCGGGACGAGAUUGAUCUCCCUGCAUUGCACCAGGCUGGCCAACUCACCCUCAUCCUUGUCGACCAUCACAUCUUACCCAAAAGUGACGCAGCCCUAGAGGAGGCGGUGGCAGAGGUGCUAGACCAUCGGCCCAUCGAGCAGAAACACUGCCCUCCCUGCCAUGUUUCAGUUGAGCUGGUAGGGUCCUGUGCUACCCUGGUGACUGAGAGAAUCCUGCAGGGGGCGCCAGAGAUCUUGGACAGGCAAACUGCAGCCCUUCUGCACGGAACCAUCAUCUUGGACUGUGUCAACAUGGACCUUAAAAUUGGAAAGGCAACCCCAAAGGACAGCAGAUAUGUGGAGAAAUUAGAGGCCCUUUUCCCUGAUCUACCCAAGAGAAAUGAUAUCUUUGAUUCCCUGCAAAAGGCAAAGUUUGAUGUAUCAGGACUGACCACUGAGCAGAUGCUGAGAAAGGACCAGAAGACGAUCUAUAGACAAGGCAUCAAGGUGGCGAUUAGUGCAAUAUAUAUGGAUUUGGAGGCCUUUCUGCAGAGGUCUAACCUCCUUGCAGAACUCCAUGCUUUCUGCCAGGCUCACAGCUAUGAUGUCCUGGUCGCCAUGACUAUCUUUUUCGACACUCAGAAUGAGCCAGUGCGGCAGUUGGCUAUUUUCUGUCCCCAUGUGGCACUCCGAACAACGAUCUGUGAAGUCCUGGAACACUCCCAGUCUCCGCCCCUGAAGCUGACCCCUACCUCAAGCAUCCACCCUAACCUCCAUGCCUAUCUUCAAGGCAACACCCAGGUCUCUCGAAAGAAACUUCUGCCCCUGCUCCAGGAAGCCCUGUCAGCAUAUUUUGACUCCAUGAAGAUCCCUUCAGGACAGCCUGAGACAGUGGAUGUGUCCAGGGAGCAGGUGGACAAGGAAUUGGACAAAGCAAGUAACUCCCUGAUUUCUGAACUGAGUCAAGAUGAGGAGGACCCUCCGCUGCCCCCCACGCCCAUGAACAGCUUGGUGGAUGAGUGCCCUCUGGAUCAGGGGCUGCCUAAACUCUCUGCUGAGGCGGUCUUCGAGAAGUGCAGUCAGAUCUCACUGUCACAAUCAACCGCUGCCUCCCUGUCCAAGAAGUGACUGUUGGGAGGAGAGGAGGUAGUGGGUGAGGCACCUGACUCACUUCACAUGCAUGUUUUGCGAUGUUUGGAGAUUCAGCAAUUCGGUCUUCAUUGCUCCGGGAUCUGGUGUACUGUUCUCAUAAAACUGAGAGGAGAAAAAAGUGAAAGAAGGCAGCUGCUUUAAGAAUGGCUUUCCACCUUUUCCCCCUCAUCUCUACCAAUCAGACACAUUUUAUUAUUUAAGUCUGCAUCUCUCUCUAUUUCAUUUGCCAGGGGCACAAUGUGACACAUCUACAGUCCCAGCAGAGUGGGACAAAAAGAAUAUAGACCCCAAAGUGCCCUCAGCAUGGAUCUUGAACAGAACCAAUUCUCUGUCACGGAACUAAACAGUCAUUGAUGGUCUCCAUGUUUUCAUUUAUUCUCAUUCAUUCAAGUAUUUAUUGAAUACCUGCCUCAAGCUAGAGAGAAAAGAGAGUGCGCUGUGGAAACUUAUUCCAGUUUUCAUUCCCCAGCGGAUUUGCAGCUCUGUGACUCUCCAUUCUGCCACCAUUUGGGUGAUGGUGUUUGAUUCAGAGAUGGCUGCAUUUCUCUUCUGAGCUCACUGUGACUGUUUCAGAUCUAGUUUGGGAGCAGAUCAGAGGCCACUGUCUUCUGUCCUGAUCAGGUGGCCUGACUGUUUCCUGGAUCCCUCUGUCUCAGAGCCACCUAGAACCCUGCUGACUCCUGAUUCUCGAGAAUUAAGAAAGCACCCAGAAAGGCCUUAACGACCUCAUAGGCUGGAAUGAGAGGCCUGGGUCUGUCCCCUGGCUUAGCAGGCCUAUCAUUU